AUGGAUUAUAAGGGUCAGAAGCUGGCGGAGCAGAUUUUCCAAGGAAUCAUUCUUGUCUCAGCGGCAAUUGGAUUUAUUUAUGGUUUGAUUGUGGAGCAGUUUGGAUGGACCGUGUACAUAGUGUUAGCUGGUUUUGCCGUGUCUUGUGUGCUCACUCUCCCUCCAUGGCCGAUGUACCGACAGAGCCCUCUAGCCUGGCAGCCCAGCGUCGCAGAGGGAAGCGCCUUGAUGAAUCCUGACUGCACACCUCUGCUCCUGACCACAAACCUCUCAUUGGUCCUCGUCCUCCACGACCCCCAGCGCUCCCUGCAGCAGUGUGACCCCCAGACCCAGAAGAGCGUCAGUCCUUAA